AUGUGUCUUGUACUAGUUGAACUGCUUCUAAAAACUUUAAUGAAGCAAGAUGAACAUAAUGAAAGUCGUAUUUGUGAUUUGUCAUUGGCAGGGGGGAAUUGUCUGGGUCUUAUUGCGAGAAAGGUGGGGGAUUCCAUUGUAGAUUCAGUUAUGUACUUUGUUAAACUUAAACUUCAAGAGCACAAGUCUGAAUGGAGGUCUCAUUGGGCCGGCACAUAUGCACUCGGUUCCAUUCUUGAAGGUCCAAGGGUUGAAAAGUUGUCCCCUUACGUCUUGCCUCUUUUAAGAUUUCUGCUUGAUGGUAUGGGAGAUAAAAAUACUCAUAAGAAAGUGAAAAAGAUUACCUCAAGGACUCUAAUCCGUAUUUUCCAGUUUUUACACAGCCCUGCCACUGGUCAUUCCAUAAUUUCAACUGAAAACAUAGAACAAAUCAUACCGGUCCUUCUAAAAAGUAUCAAAGAUCCAUCACCCGAUGAUGCUAAGAAAUGGGAUCGAUCAUCCUAUCUUGCUGCAGAAGGGUGUGAGGCAAUAUAUUAUAUUGUGCAAGGGUAUGAAGGCGAUCCUGAAACUGUUGCAGGAAUAGAACAAAGGCUUUUUUUUCUGGCAGCUGCUGCGUAUGAGACACUGAGUAAAGUUGUAAGGUGUUUAGAUGUUUCUGAAUUCAUCAAACCACUCCUCACUUUUGUGUUAUCCAAACUUGAAACUUAUCAAAACCUCUCACAAGCUGAUAAAGCAAAGCAAGGAGAUUUACAAUCCUUAUGGUGUGGUUUUUUGCAUGUGAUCAUUCAAAAACUCAGCAGCUUGAAGGAAACAAAACCGAUUUUGUUAGAGUUCGUGCAUCAUGCUAACAUCAUGAGACUGCUUCUUGAAGCUCUUUCUAGUCAUGAGUUGAAUCAGUCUGUAGAGCCUCUAAUUUAUUCGUGUUUUGGCGUUGUAGCACUUGUGAUUGGGGAAAAGUUCGAGAGAUAUGUUUCUUCUGUUAUGCAUCGGGUGAAAAAGGCCAUUGAACCUUGUGCUGUCAUGACAGAUGAAUAUGGGAAUCAUCUUAAGAGGAAUAUUCUUGAGGCGCAUUCCAAUAUUUUGAAAGGGUUGAAGAGUUCCAAGGCUGAGGUGCUGAUCCCUCAUAAUUCGGAUAUUUUGAAAUUUAUCGAGGUGGUUAUAAAGGAUGUCCACAGGAAUGAAAGUGUGGAAAGGGCAGCAGUAGAGGUUCUUGCAGUCAUUGCAGAUGUAUUUGGGACACAAUCUUGGGGUUUUGUAUUCAAUAGUCGUCACUAGGAGAGUGCUUAGCAACUUGGACCCAAGGAAUAGUUGGCUGUGUAUUUUCAGUGGAGGGU